CCGGGCGGGCUGUCCCGCUUCGCUCUCUCCUCCCCGCCGAGGCUCGCCGGCGCGGAGCCGCGGCUGCGGCGCGCAGAGCGGCGGCGGGCGGGAGCGGCGCGGAGGAUGCGCUGAGCGCGGGGAGGCGGCGCGGCCGGCGGCGCAGUUACUGAAAAUCCAUAGAGAAAAAUGCAAGCAAAGGGAGCUAAUACCAACCAGGAUCAGCCUCCUCCAGCAGCGUGAGGCUCCUUCAAACUCUUCCCCUUCACGGCAGACUGUCGGCCAGCCUCCGCCAGUCCCCCGGCAACGCGCCCCAGAGCAGAGUGGUUUUGCAGGCUGCCAGGAAGGUUAACAAACCCCAGCGCUGGCAGACGAGCCGAAGCUGCAGCGGAGUCAUGAACCCUUCAGAGAGCAGAGCGUGCCAGCUUUCCUGUUUAUUGAGGGUGUUCCAGCAUAGUCGGGUCCGCUGAGCGCAGCUGUGUUAAUAUCACGCAGGGAGAGGGGAAGCUGUUGAGGUUGCCAGGACCGAAGCCAUAGAGGAAUGUAAUGGGGCAGUGCCAGUUCCUUCAAAUCCCACCUGGAAGUUAUUAGCCAUCCGCUGGAGGCAGCGGAGCACCUGCAUCCCGGAAUAUCAAACACGCAUCGUCUGCACAGAGCCCAGCUGAACCUCGGCUGGGCACCGCCUGGUCAGAGCUCCGCUCCUCCCGACCCAGAGCGAGCAGGAGAGGAUUUUAAACUGUCCGUCGAAGAAACACCCUAAGAGGAAUUGAUCGCUCUUGAAUGAGGAUGGGAAGACCGAGUUUGGAAAGAAUUAACAUUUCUAAAGCGUGUCUGAAGGAAUGCCCUUGGACUCCUGGUAGGGAACUAGAAAGGACCUUAAAAAAGGCGGGGUGGGGGGAGAAGCCCUCUUCUCCCAAAUUGAUUUCAAAACUUGGCAGAUUUAAGAAACCUUUCAGUAACGUUUUGCGGAUCGAUGCUAAUUUGAUGCUUCGGAGCUUAGCACUGUGCCAAUUCACUGUCAAACUGAUAUUAACUAGACACCUUUUGAGCAUGUUUAUAGCUCAAGGUCCAUUAAAUAUGCAGACCUGACAAUUAUUGCACCUCCCUUAAAACACUUAAUUUGAAAUGUGUAUCACAGCAUCCAUAAAUGGUCUUUCACUCUUCAUCAGAAGGAAGCCUCUCUCGGUCAGAGGUGCGAGUCCUUGCUCCGGGAGAAGAGGCCGGAGGUCGCGCCUGUGGUGAAGACAGAAGGCAGGCAGGGGGGCUGACGUCUGUCUUCAGUCCUGCCAAAGAGCGGCACAACCAUGAUAAAACCUGCUAGGGCCUGAUCUUCCAGCCCCCUUUCAUACAGUAACCAACCUCAUGAAAGUCAGUUAAUACGUCUUACGCCAGACUUCCAGAUGAGAGGAUGAGACUAUGAGUGAAGAGUGUCCUGGAGAUUGCGUGCAGUUCUUUUCCUGGGCCAGAACCGGAUUGAUCUGAGAACAAUAAUUAUGAGGCUGACAUGUAUGUUCUCCUUCAUCUUGCUGUUUGGAGCAGCUGGGCUCGUCGUCUUCAUUCACCUGCAGGAUCCAGAAGAAAUAGUUCAUCAGCAGACACCAGGGAUAAAAUAUAACAUGGGAUUCCAGCAAUCAAAAAAAGACUGUGUUUCCAGCGAUAACCAGGAUAGAAUAAGAAAAAACACUGCAGAUGGAGUAACAAUGGUAAAGCAGAACAAUUCAUUGCACCUAUCUGAAAAUGUGCCCACUAAGCUUCAAAGCACAGACAGAGGGCAAAGCAGCAUAAUGUUCGCUAUGAAAGAUCAACAGAAAGGUGAAGAAAUUAAUUCCAUCAGGCUGCAUAAACGGAGGAGGAGAUUUAUAAUUAAAAAGAGCCCAAUUUUGAUUUCCAUGAACAGCUCCAUUCUCAACCUGCCCACGCUUAAAUCUGAGGAUAGAAACAACAACAAGUGGAAAAGUCUCUAUCAGAUCCAAAGAGAAAGAAAGCAGAUUAUGAGGGAAACUUGUUCUAAAUACAAGAGUAAUAAUAGAAGAAUAAUCACUCCUUAUCAUGUUUCUAGAAUAUUUGUAGAAGAUAAAUAUAGAGUUUUAUACUGUGAAGUACCAAAAGCCGGCUGCUCUAACUGGAAACGGGUACUCAUGGUUCUUAAUGGGCUGGCUUCUUCCACAAAAGACAUACAGCACAACACAGUGCACUAUGGAAACUAUUUAAAAAGACUGGAUGGGUUUGACCACAAAGGAAUUUAUCAUAGGCUCAACACUUACACAAAGAUGCUUUUUAUUCGUGAACCUUUUGAAAAGCUGGUAUCUGCAUUUCGGGACAAGUUUGAACAUCCAAACAAUUACUACCACCCGGUUUUUGGAAAAGCCAUCAUUUCCAGGUACCGUGUCAAUGCCACCAAAGAAGCAUUAAGGACAGGCUCUGGAGUCAAAUUUAAAGAGUUCAUUCAGUAUCUCCUGGACGUACAUAGGCCAGUGGGUAUGGAUAUCCACUGGGAUCACGUCAAUAGGCUUUGCAGCCCAUGUUUAAUAGACUACGACUUUGUUGGGAAAUUUGAAAGUAUGGAAGAAGAUGCAAAUUUUUUCUUGCACUUAAUUGGUGCUCCACAAAAUUUAACCUUCCCCAAGUUUAAAGAUAGGCACUCCAAUGAAGAAAGAACUACUACUAAAAUUACACAACAGUAUUUUGCACAGCUUUCUCCUUCUCAAAGACAACGAAGCUAUGACUUUUACUAUAUGGAUUACUUGAUGUUUAACUACUCAAAACCUUUUGAAGAUUUAUAUUGAUUUGAGAGCUGGGACAUUUCCACAGUCAUAUCAGUUGAAAUGCGUAACAAAUCCAGGUGGCUUCUGUUUAUAUAGACUUGUCUGUUAGUAAACAAUUGGUUGAAAAACAGGAAAAAAAACCCAAACCAGAACAUAAAUGGCUAGUGAUGUUUACAACUUCACCUUAAUUGCCUCCUUUUUCAAAUCAUGUUUUUUCUAUAAUUUCUCCAUAUGGAAUGUAUGUACCUAUAUGUAUAAUAUGUCAGGGCUCCCAAAUAAAGCACAUAAUUUUC